GUCUUAUCAAAAAGAUACGUUCCUUUUCAACAGUCUCGGACUCUGUAUGUCCUGAUCCAUAUUAUUAACCACCUUUGACCCAACACGUCAAUCGUUACUCUUUCUUGUUGGAUAUCACGACGCCCAACAUGUCGGCCCUCACUCCUUUGUGGCUGGAUGUUGAUACUGGUCAUGAUGAUGCAUUUGCAUUACUACUAGCUGCCCACUCUCCGAAGACAGUUCUCCUGGGUGUAACCACCGUCCACGGAAAUGCGUCACUGGAACAUACGACGCGAAAUACUCGGGGUGUCCUCGAAGCUAUAGGGUGCUCGCACAUAGCUGUAUACCCGGGUGCGACUAAGCCCCUGACACGUAGCGCCGUUCAUGCUCCUGAUAUUCAUGGCGAGACUGGACUAGAUGGUGUGACUCUAUUGCCCAACGUCCCUGGAUCAGCAAAGCUCUUCGCAGCCCAUCCAGAUCUCGUCGACCAUCUCGCAGGUGUCAGUAUUAUGGGAGGAGCAAUCGGUGGCAAAUUCAACGAUGCACCUAUGGGAACUGUGGCUGGAGAGGGUGAAAGGUUUGGCAACUUCACGCCUUUUGCUGAGUUCAAUUGCGACCCCGAGGCGGCACACUCGAUCCUCGCACACCCUGUGCUCUCGAAAAAGACAACACUAAUUCCACUCGACGUGACACAUCUCUGUAGAGGAACGCGACCGGUCCGACAGCGACUCCUUUUUAGUGACAACUCGUUGAAGGACACGACUACAGUUCGAGCUCUGUUCCAUGAGAUCAUGACUUACUUCGCUGGAACGUAUGCUGAAGUAUUUGCCAUCACUGAUGGACCUCCCCUACAUGACCCUCUAGCAACUGCUGCAGCGUUCAUUCCCGAGAUCUUCGAAGAUGCGUCGGGCGAACGCUUCGAGGUCAAUACGGUCAGAGAAGGCGUACAUUCAGAUGAUCGAACGCUAGCUGGUCAGUUAGGCAGGACAGUUGCAAGUCUACUACCAAAAGGUCAAGGCGGAGUCCGUGUCCCACGUGGUUUGAACGUUGAACGGUUCUGGGACAUGAUAGAAUUGGCUCUCCAGGAAGCUGACAAAGCUUCAAGCCUUCCUUCUCUCAAUGGCACGGAAAAGAAGAAGUACAGAGAUUUGUACAAUGCCGGAGAAGCGUAAAAGAGUCGGUCGCUUGUCGCGAGAUGCACUAGAAUCCACCGGGCACUGAAGUUUUGAAAACGAGCUAGACGUGAUAUUGUCACCGACGACUCUCAUACAGGGCAUAGAUGUUGUGAACGUCCUAUAUUAUCCAACUUGUGUACUAGAUUUGACCCGGAGAACUGUAGGCUCGGCCACAAUCACAGCCUAUGAUGCUAGCGGAGCGCCACACUUGAUUGUAUUUACCCGGUCAUGGUAAAUUGU